AUGGGAAAAGAGAAGAAAAGUGAAGAUAGAAGGACAGAAGCGAAACCAAAAACAACAGAACGAGUCCAUGCUGAUUUGGAAGCGACUGUUGAAGAAGAGAAACAACAACGUCCCGACAACUAUUACUACCUACUUCCUGAUCCGAUGCAUCAGAAAUCCACGUGUACUUGGACUCCCCGACGCACAGCUCGCCAAGACUACAUAGAAGAGAAACGCACCCCCGGAUUCCACCGUCGCCAACUGCAACCCAGACGCUGGGUUAGAAUUGCAAGACCAGGCCGAAGGGAAGGCACAUAGCCGGGAACAACGCGCUUGCAUCUGUAUCAGCAGCAAACAAUUGUGGCUGUGAUUUUCCAGCCCAAACAAAUCUUGCACACAGCUUGCGCAAGCUGUCCAAAAAGACCCAAGCCCGCCAGCUCCGAAACCCCCGCCCUGCUCUCGAUCCGCCUCUUGGUACUGCCACUCCGGCCAUUUCAGCAACCCAAGUUGUCUGCCUGCUCCGCGACUAUCUCCAUUGCCCAGGUCGUCCGGACCACAGCAACAUCUGCGAGACAGAACAGGCAAAUCCCUCGUUGGUGACUCACUCCACGUCCCCUUCCUCCGUUGGCCAACUAGGUACCUGCCCACCUAUCUACCUACCUACCUAUUUACCUUUCCACCGGGUGCUUUGCUCCAGCCAUCGGCAGGCCGAAACUCAAUUUGGCGCUUGCCUUGCUCGACUCGCAGCCGCUGGACAUUAACGGCGCAACCUCCCCCGACGGCCACCUCAUUGCCAUACGUCGCUUUCUUUUUUACAUCCCCUUAUCAUCUCUUCCUUCCUGUUUAUUUUCACCUACCCGAGCUGAGAGAUCCCCUGCACGCUGCUCUCCCCUCUAACCCUCGAGUGCGCCCGCAGUGACAGCAGCCCCAGAGACAAUCGUGGAAAGUCGCACAAACAAAGAACGAUCGGCAGGGAUCGCGGCGCACUGCAAAUCUGAGCCGGCUUCCGACCCCGAUCUUAGCCUAGCCACCAUCCAUCUCCAGUUUCUCUCAUCAACACUUACCCAGACCGCAUUUCCCGCGGAGGAACCCUUUCGUCUCCAAAGCUCCACUGCCCCAACAGGCGGCGCUCCUUCCAUUGUACCACACGCUCGGGAAGUUUCGAACUGCUACGCUCAGAGUGUUCAACCCUUGCUCCAGAAGCAAACACAUCGCCAUUAAGUUCUUAAAGCCGUCAGCCCAACUUGGUUGCACGUUCCGCUUUGGUGUCCGCGCAUCACAUAACGCUACACUGUCUCGUCCCCAAGUCCCGAGUACAUUCCUUGACGUCAGCAAGUCCAGAAAAUCGAGGUACUAGAGCCCCGAAGGUCGACAGCAACUGAGUCGAACGACUGUUAGUCCCCGACCCGUCCGAACCGGCGACAAGUACUCCGCCCUAUCCGUCUCGCACACUUCUCAUAACCACAUACUGCUGUUCUCUCUCUUGCCCGCCGCCUCUUACCACCUUUGCCUCAGUCUAUUAUCCUGCCUCUUGGUAGCUUGUCAGAGAGGAAGCGGCAGUCGAAAAAGCACAGUAGCAAUAGCAGUAUCAAGACCACACACACCGCCGCCUUAGACCCCUCAUAGGCCCCCUCCUCCCACCGACACCAGGAAGAGUUGCCCUCCUCCUCCUCUUUCUCCUUCUCGUCCACCACCGCCGGUUUUCACUUUCUGCGCAACGUCAAGCGUCAGACGCAGGCCAAGCCAAAGCAUUCUCGUCACAACUCAAAAGGAACAACAGCCGCCGUGCACCUACAUCAUUACCCACCACUCAUCCUCUCAAAUCCCAUAGCAGAGAACAACCCCCCUCUCGUUUUCAAUCUACGUACUCGUCAAGUUACACUGGACGGAAGGCGUUUGUCACUGUCCACCUAUUCUUCCCCCAAAGCCAGCCAGCCCAGUCCAGCCCAGCCUCGGGGCUGCUCCUCUUGCACCGCACCACCACUUCCACUUCCUCUUACUCACAUUACGACCCCCCGGCUCCCCGACACCGCAUUUCCAUCCCGUCGCAGCAAAACGAGCCAACUCCUCUCCCUCUUCCAUCUCGCUCCAAAACCCGACGAACACUAUUAUUCUUUUCUCAUCUGCCUUGUUCCAAUAGCACCAGACAGCUAUCACCCACCCUUGGACAUAUUGUGCGACAGCCGGACAGAGCCGUCCUCUCCCUCAACUCUCUUCCACCCUCGCAUCGCUCCGACUCCAAGGCCGCCUUACUUGCCUAGGACGCCACCCCCCUCCCCCCCGCACCUGACUGCACUGCAUUGAAUGGCCGUGUAACAACGGUUCUGUUUGCUGUCAGCCAACACCGCAUAGUCUCGUCCAUUCUCUCUGACACAACCUCUAUCUCUGCCUCUCUCGCUCG